AUGCUGAUUAACGCGUCCCUUUAUUUGUUGCCUUUCAAUUUAGUGAAUGUUUCCACAAAACUGCCGGCCAUAGGUGCUGAUGUUGAUGUUGUACGAAGAGUGAAACGCGGAGGCCACUACUAUUGCCAGUCGGAAGCAACUGAUCCAUGCCAACAUGGGUUAUGUACCACAAACGACAACGGUCACGAUCAUUAUGAAUGUAUUUGUGUCGAAGGAUGGACGAGUCGCAACUGUGAUUUAAUUGAUGUCUGCACACCAUACAAGGAAGCCGAUAUAGUAUUUGUCCUGGACACCUCUCUAAGUGGUGGUAACGGAACGAUAGGCAAACAAAAGGAAUACGUCAAAAACUUUAUGUCCAAAUACCGAACUGGACCACCAAACAACCGCUAUCAAUUUAGUCUUGUGACAUAUUCCCUUCAGGCGACAGUCCAUUUUUACUUGAAUACCUAUAACAAUGACACAGAUUUACAAAAUGCUGUUGAUCUAGUUGAUGAUAACUGUUGUGGUCCAAGUUUUACAGGAAACGCUCUGAGUAAAGUUCGUCAAGACGUCUUUCUGUCGUACAACGGUGCAAGAGAUAACACCGUCGUGGAUCGUUUUGUGAUUUUAUUGACAGAUGGGCUAUCGUCGGAUCCGACGGAUGUAAUGCAGGAAGCCAUUUAUCUAAAAGCCAACGGCGUGAAAAUAUAUACCAUCGGUAGUGGAAUGUCUGUUCUUCAUGAGAAGUUGCUGGAGAUAUCGUCAUUUAAAGACCAUGUGUUUCCAAUGGCAACAGAAGAUUCUCUACACACUCUACUCAAAUAUACCAUGUUCGGUUGUGAGAGUUGUUCAACAAACGUGUCAGAUGUUGCAGUAUUGAUGGAUGUGUCAGCUAAUAUAAAACCUAAAGAGUUUGACACCCAACUCAAAGCUGCCAUACAUUUGCUGGGGAUUAAUGACGUCGGACUAAAUGCCACUCAGUUUAGUUACUCCACGUUCACGAAUACAAUGCACAGCAUCUACAGCUUUGAUAAAUACAGUGAGCGAGUUGAUCUUAUUGCAGAGGUUAGUAAGAAAACAAAGCAUGUAUUUUCUACAAACGGUGACGUCGCAAACGCCCUGGGUGACUUGUACCAAAAUGGAUUUUCUUCCUCAAAAGGGUCAAGGUCGGAAGCUAGACAGAUUGUAGUUUUGAUCACUUCUGGACAACUUGGUGAUAUGGAACAAGUUAAAGCGGAAGCAAAGCGACUGAAAGACUCUGGAAAGAUAAUUAUAACGAUAGGUACCGGAUUGAGCGCAAACAUGACAAAUUUACUAGAAAUCUCUUCCGAUCCUGCCUUUACUUACAUUAUAGGGGAUGACGUUUAUACCGACUUCGAUGUUCUUGACUCGCUGAAGACUACGUUUGUAUAUGACUACUGUUCAAAUGUUUGAUGACUUAAUGCAUCAAUCACAUUUUUUUCAUUUUGUCAAGUUAAUAAUAAAAGUACAAGAUAUCGAAAACGAUACUAGAAAGAACAGCUAACUUCCUUAAUUUUCAUAUCACCUUCAAUAAUGAGACUAACGCUU